AUGGCACUGUCAAUAGUGUUGGCCAUAACGGUAACUGUGGCGUUUCUGUGCCAAGCUCAGCAUGAUUGCCCACCCAACCCGGAUUGCAGCGCCCAGUCGUCCAAGUACCGUACGAUCGAUGGUGCGUGCAACAACCCGGCGAACCCCUGGUGGGGUCAAUCUCUGCGCCCGUACCUGCGCCUGGUGGAGGCUCAUUACGCUGACGGCAUUUGGGAGCCUCCCGUUACCCGGUCCGGAGCGGCUCUACCAAACCCUCGGCACCUUUCGUUGCGCUUGUUCGGUGAAACGGAAAUGGCCCAUCCGCGACACACCAUCGUUGGCAUGCAGUUUGGGCAGCUGGUGGCCCACGACGUGUCCUUCACGGCGGACGCGUACGGACUCCAUUGCUGCAUCGACGGAAAGAUGGUCCCGAAAGCGAAAGCCUCCAGACGCUGCUUGCCAAUCGAGGUAGCGCACGACGAUCCGAUCAUGUCCGAAGCGGGUAUCGAGUGUUUGAACGUGGUGCGUACGAAGACGAACCUAGAGGACCCCUGCCUACCGGUGGCGGGGCCAGCCGAACAGCUUUCCUCGGUGACGGGGUUCCUCGACCUGUCGGUGGUGUACGGGAACUCCCACUCCGAGUCCGACGGGCUUCGGGCGUACAGCAAAGGGCUGAUGAAGGUGGAGCACCGGCACGGGAAGCACUGGCCACCGAGUCAUCCGAACCGGACGAGGGCUUGCGAUGUGACGGGCCACGACAAGGAAGCUUGCUACCUGACGGGGGAUCGUCGGGCAAACCAGAGUCCACAGCUGGCCCUGCUGCAGAUCGCCUUCUUGUUGGAGCACAACCGAUUGGCUAGUGAGUUGUCUAUUCUGAAUCCCCACUGGGAUGAUGAGCGGCUGUUCCAGGAGGCGCGCCACAUCAACAUUGGCCAGUACCAGGCGAUCGUGUACUACGAGUGGCUACCGAUCUUUCUGGGCCAUGCAAAUCUGCUGCAGUACGGCGUGGUUCCGUCGUCGGCAAUCGAAGACUUUGUGGAUGACUACGACCCGCACGUAGAUCCGUCCAUCGGCAACGCUUUCGGAGCGGUCGCGCUCCGUUAUUUCCACCAUCUGAUUGUUGGCCAUCUGGAUUUAGUGGAAGAGUCCAUGCAACCGACCGGCGCAAUCCGACUGUCGGACUGGUUGGACCGACCGUCGGUUUUGGAAACGGCCGGAAACUACGAAAAGCUCUCGCGGGGGAUGGUCACCCAGCCUCACGAUCGACCCAACUUGCACCUGACACCGGAGAUGAAGCACUUCCUCUUUCGCCACCGUUCUCCCGUAGGGCUGGACCUGAAAGCGGUCGACAUCCAGCGAGCCAGGGAUCACGGGCUGGCUUCGUACAACAAGUACCGCCAGUUCUGUGGACUUCCCGUCGUCCGGCAUUGGGUUGAGUUCGAGGAGAUUCUACGCCCGGGGGCGUCAAGCGCCAUUAGGCAGCAGUACCAAGCGCUGGACGACGUGGAGUUGGCCGUGGCUGGGGCUAUGGAGCGUCUGCAUGGCGACGGAAUGGCAGGGCAAACCUUUACCUGCCUCCUCCUGGAACAGUUCCGUAGAUCGCGCGUCGGUGAUCGGUUCUUCUUUGAAAAUGGCCGCUCGUCGUACUCGUUGCGCCAGGUGCGAGAGCUUCGCAAUGCUAGUAUGGGCCGUAUCCUGUGUGACAACACCGUGGGGCUGGAAAGCAUGCAGAUGAAAGCGUUUCUUCUCCGGAGCGAUACGAAUCCGGUGGUACCAUGCGGGCAGCUACCGGAGACCGCCCCACCGCGGAAACCGGGAUUUCGGUUUCAGUUGAUUGUGGCGAGCAAUAAACGCGUACAUCAAACCCAUCUGCCAGCCAUCAUCACCGGGCCACCGGGUAAGCGAGAGGCCCUAAUUUAUCAGAUCGACCUUUUGUGUGUGCUUAUGAUGGGCACUGAGUAUCAAUUACAUCGCCAUUUUAUUUAUGUGCGCCUGUGUUCCGGGGCUUGGGUUAUAAAUUAUGUGAUAGGCAGGUGCUCUAGUGGUGCGAUGCUGGAGUCCUGCCCGGUGGUUGGGUCGUGUGUGGACGAAAACUCACCGUACCGCAGUAUGGAUGGAUCCUGCAACAGUUGGUACAAUGCGCUGUACGGUACACCGUACCGACCGUACCGGCGGCUACUUCCGGCCAAGUACGCCGACGGAGUCUCGGAACCGGCCCGGAUGCGCUCGGGCACACCGAUGCCCAACGCUCGCCAGCUGUCGAUGGCACUGUUCGGCGAGACGGAGCAGCGGGACGGGCGCAGCACCAUCGUCAACAUGCAGUUCGGGCAGCUGGUGGCCCACGAUAUGAGCUUCACGGCCGACGUGUUCGGUGUAAAGUGCUGCCCCGGUGGACGAAAACUUCCGGAGGAUCAGCUUCCGCCGCGCUGUCUUCCGCUGCCGGUGCCAGCGGAUGACCCGGUCUUGGACCGCGCUUCCGGUAUCGAGUGCAUGAGCAUGCUGCGCACCAAGACGACCCUCGAGCAUCGGUGCGCCACCAACUACGGCCAAGCGGAGCAACUCUCGUCGGUGACCGCGUUUCUCGACCUGUCGAUCGUAUACGGUAACCACGCUGGCCAGACCGCGGGCCUUCGGGCACACCACGGGGGCGAGAUGUUGGUAGAGCACCGCGGUGGUAGUGAUUGGCCUCCGCGUAACCCGAACGCGACCGCUCUCUGCCAGAUGCUGGACGAGUCGGACGUGUGUUACCAAACCGGAGAUCUACGGUCGAACCAGAGCCCUCACUUGGCGAUCCUUCAGAUCGCGCACCUGCUCGAACACAACCAGUUGGCUCGGGAGCUGCACCGUCUGAAUCCGCACUGGGACGACGAGCGGCUGUUUCAGGAGGCUCGGGCCAUUAACAUCGGCAAGUAUCAGGCGAUCGUGUUCAACGACUGGCUGCCGAUCUAUAUGGGACGCGAGAAUAUGCUCGUCCGCGGACUGCUGCACCGGCAGGUCGGUGAGGGUGAGUUCGCCGCGGACUACAACCCACUGGAGGAUGCGACCGUCAGCAAUGAGUUUGGGACGGCGGCGUUCCGUUACUUCCACAACAUGAUCGUCGGACAGCUGGAUUUUUACGGAACCGCCGGGCAGCCGAGUGGCUCGAUCCGUCUAUCGGAUUGGCUGCGCCGUCCGGCCGUUCUGGAGCGGCACAAUAACCGUGAACUGCUGACACGUGGCAUGGUCAGCCAACCGCACGACACUCCGAACGCAGACUUCUCGCCCGAAGCCAAGCAUCACCUGUUCCGCAACCAGCGACGCUACGGGGCGGAUCUGAAGGCGAUCGACAUCCAUCGGGCUCGGGAUCACGGGUUGGCGAGUUACAACGAUGUCCGCGACUGGUGUGGACUCGAGCGGGCCACCAGCUGGCAGGAUCUGCACGGGACGCUGGCACCGGAAGUCGUGGAACGGUUAGCCGCCUGGUACGAAACCAUAGACGAUGUCGAGUUGGCUGUGGCGGGUUCGCUGGAACAACACCAUCCUGGGGCUACCGUUGGGCCCACAUACCUGUGCAUCCUGAUGGAGCAAUUCCGAAGGACGCGCACCGGCGAUCGGUUCUUCUUCGAAAACGGACAACUGGGAACCGGGGCACUUCAGGUGGCACAGGUCCUGGAAAUCCGCAAAGCCUCGGUCGCUCGGCUGCUGUGCGAUAAUACGCCCGGGUUGGCGCAAAUCCAGCGCAAUGCGUUCUUCUUGGCUGACGACGGGCAGAAUCCGGUCGUUGAGUGUGGCGAAAUCGAUGAGGUGAACCUGGAACCGUGGCGGGAACGAUCAUCAUCAACAUGA